AUUCGUCUUUUUGUGAGUUAUAAAUAGUUGUUAAAUACAAAUGUUGUCUUUAAUUGGUUGAUGGCCAGGUUUUAUCAUGAAUUAGUGUCGUUAGCAAUGCUGUGGUGGUUGACUUAAAAACAUUACGAGUUGCUGUUUGACUUAAAUUCUGGUGUGUCGUAUGUCAGGUCUUUACUAAUUCUGUAAUCUCAUUCUUACACGUUAAAGCGUCGUUAAGUUAUUUUCUCGUGCGGUGUAGGGACAAGUCGGUUGGAUCUAAAGGAAAUUAUAUAGGCAUGAAAUGUUUCCUUAUAGUACAGCAAUGUCAUUUGUUGUCAACUGCAGGUCUUACAUGAGUCCAUAUCUUUAAAUAUAGAUACACAAAAACUACAAGAAAUAUUCAGAUUCAUUUUAAAAUGACGUUUUACUCAAAGGGAUAGUUCACCCAAAAAUGAAAAUUCUCUCAUCAUUUACUCACCCUCAUGCCAUCCCAGAUGUGUGACUCACUUUCUUCUGCAGAACACAAAGAUUUUUAGAAAAAUAUAUCAGCUCUGUAGGUCCAUACAAUGCAAGUGAAUGGUGACCAGACCUUUCAAGCUCCAAAAAUCACAUUAAGGCAGCAUACAAAUAAUCCAUAUGACCCCAGUGGUUAAAUCUUCCAAAGCAAUAUGAUAAGUUUAGGUGAAAAACAGAUCAAUAGCCUAUUUAAGUCCCUUUUUACUAUAAAUAUUCACUUUCACAUUCUAAAGUGGAUGUUUUUCGGAGAAUUUUUCUUUUUGGUUGAACUAUCCCUUUAUUGCUUUAGGGCAGUGGUUCCCAACUCUGUUCCUGGAGGCCCCCCAACACUGCACAUUUUGUAUAUCUCCCUUUUCUGACACACCCAAUUCAGGUGUUGGAGUCUCCACUAACGAGCUGAUGAGUUGAAUCAGGUGUGUUUGAUUAAAAUGUGUAGUGUUUGGGGGCCCUCCAGGAACAGGCUUGGGAACCACUGCUUUAGGGUAUAAAUUAUAGCAAAGAGUAUGUCUGUUUUAGUGCAAUAUGUUCACAUCAAACUAGUUUUACUCACUAAAAGCCUUUUUUAGACAGCAACCUUAUAAUAAACACAUUUUCAGCAUCACUUUGUGUUAUCUGUAAACAGAUUUUUCAUGUAGAUAUAUAUAAACACAAUAUUCUCUUAUCUUUGUCCACUGUAUGUGUGUGUGUGUGUGUGUGUCAGUGUUACAGCAUGCAGAGUCUGUCAGUGCAGGCUCUGGCCCUACGGCAGCUGGGCAGACUGAACUCCCUGCAGCUACUCACGCCAUGCCACGGCUCCAGCCUAAGCAUGUGGUGCCCACGGACAUUACACGCCCGUCAGCUGUGGGGUUCAGCCACUCCCCAGACGCACCGGACAGCCAUGUGGCCAAAAUCGUUGGACGCUCGGCAGAACUUGCCGCUCCACCAGACCCGACUCAAGAGCACGAGAAAAAAAGGGAGGCAUAUAGCAGUUCAGCAGGAGGAAGAGGAGGAGGAUGUAGACGCAGAGGCUAGUGAUUACGAGGAUGAGCUUCAAGAUGACCCAGGUCUACCUAAAGACUACAAAGACCAUGAAAGAACUGUGCAUUCUCUACGCUUCGAUCUGGUUUUGAAGGCCGGAUUGGACAUUGCGCGACAUGGGGUGGAGGAUGCUUUCUAUAGCCUAAAACUGAGACUGAAUGGUCAGAGGCUUUCCAAGAAGAGUAAAAUGGUUAAAGUGGGUGACACACUGGAUCUGAUCAUAAGUGAGGAUAAGGAAAUGGACACAGUAUUGUUGAAGAGAGUGAUCUUAAAAAAGGUGGUUGGAGAGACAAAAGAUGCGGAAAAGCUGCAAGUUAUUCUAAGAAGCUGGAAAAACCUACAACUUCCCAGAAAGGAUAUGUUUAAGCAGUGAAGACCAAUUCUGCACUGUGUUUUGAAAGGUGAAAUGUAAAAUAGUGGGACAAAAGUGGUAUUUUCGAUUCUACUCUCCAGCUGUUUGUUUCUGAAACUGCAGACUGAUCAUUUAAUGAAAUUUUAUCCUCUGCCCAACAAAAACUGAGUGUUCUUUUCACAAUGAUGCACAUGACAAUAGUUCUCAUGACUCUUUCAUACUACUUGAAGAUAUUUGUAUAAUUUUCAGUUUUAGGUCACAAAUGGAACUCAAAAACAUCCUGUUUAGUGGUGGUUGUGGUUAUACUGUAUGCAUUUUUUUUUUUUUACUAGAUUCACAGAAAUACCGCUGUGGUAAUGGAUAAGUAAGGUCUAUGAUGUUAUGUGGUGAGACAGAUAGUUUUUGGGAUAAAAAAAUGUGAGGUAAAAGCUCUAUUGAGGAUGAAGCUUUAGAUGGAGAGGCCAAACCAGGUUAGAGUCUUAUAGACUUCAAGAUGGGAAUCACUUUUCACUUCUGAACAUUUUGUGGAUUUCUGAUCCAUCAUUUAUGAUUGUUGACAUUGUUUAAUUUGCAUACACCGGCACUUACAGACCCAGAUUAAAGAAAUUGACAUUUUUA